AUGGAGUCUGAAGAUGAACUGGAGGCUGAGACCACCCGGAUGGCACAAACAUGUGUUGGGAACGUAGACUCCACUAAUGUCAAACACGAUGUCAAACAAGAAGUGGCAGCUACUCCAUGGGUGCGGAGGACAGGGAGGUGCUGUAAAGAGUAUUUCUUGCAGUCAAAAUUUGUAAAAUCUGAGACGUCUUAUCACAGAAAAUUUCCUCCUGAACAAUGCCCCAACGAGUGGAUAGGUUACAAAAAGAAAUGUUACUUCAUCUCAGAGGAGGAAAAAAACUGGACAUCUAGUCGGACGUUCUGCGCUAAGAAUGCAUCCUUGCUAGCCAUUUUUGAAACUCUGGAAGAAAUGCAUUCUUUAGCUAAGCGUUUGAAAAUAGAUGACUCCUGGAUUGGAUUGCGCAAGAAAGGCGAACGCUUCUACUGGGAGAACGGUAUUGCCUUGAAGGUGGACGUGUUCCAGAUACGGAAUCACUCUGAGUGUGCCUACUUGGAUGCCUUCGCUAUUUCUACAUCAGCAUGCUCUUUGCCGAGGUGCUGGAUCUGUAUCCAACUUCCGUAA